GGUUUAGUACGUUGAUAACUCCACAAUCGCGUUUCAAUACGUUCAGUUACAUGUAAAUACUGUAUUGGGAAAUGUUUGCAUAUUAAAUUAACAAUGCUUAUUAGAGUGUUUCUAUAGUAAUAAUAUUUACUUAAUAUUGCUAAAUUUACCGAGAGAAUGUGCAUCGCUUCAUUGAACGUUUACUGUUCAUAUUAAAUGAAGGAGUCAGGUUAAAUUACUGAAGUACGCACAAGGAUGCAGUUUUUAAUGUGCUAAUUUAAUUAAUUAAUAUACGUAUAUAUUUCUCAGUGGAUUAGAUGAUAUGAACUUUUAAAGUUUAAAUUACUUGUUGAAUCUAACCUUCAUAUGGGAUGUUUACUGUUUUAUAUUAUAUUUGAUGUCUUCUAGGCCUAUAUACAGACACCAGGUGAAAUAAAGCAAACUUUACUAAAUCAGGUGUAGUGAAGGGUGAUUUUAAAUACACAUUAAAAACUACAAAGUGCCGCUAGGAUAAUUAGAAAAUUGUGUCCGAGUUUAAUAAAACCAUCAGAAGGAUAUUGCUGAUCACAGAAGAGGGAUAUUGCCUCGGGCGACAUAGAAAUGACGGCUUGCAUCGAAGAGAGCGAACCAUUAAACGAAAAUGGCAGGGCUUACAUAAAGAUGCAGGACGCUCCGUUCGCCGACAGCCUGUGCAGGAUCGGAGGAAGAUAUGCUUGAUUACGACGACGACGCAAUCUUCAACUGUGACACUUGCCGUCGGCGACGGAACUUGACGACGGUGGAGAAAUGCCUGAUUGCCUUCGCGUGCGUUUGUCUGAUCGUCGUGAUCAUACUCGCGGCGCAUAUGGGUGGAAAGACUGAAGUGAAACCCCCUAAAAAGUGCGAGUCUAAGGGCUGUCUGGCAGCGGCGAGCUCUCUCCUUAGCGCCAUGGAUCCCUCGGCAGACCCAUGCGAGGACUUCCAUCAGUACGCGUGCGGCGGUUGGCUAAGGGAGACGCCCAAUCCACCCGGAUAUCCGCUGUGGGACCGCUUCCAGGAGCUCGCCUAUAAGAACAUGUUCAUGCUGAAAACUUUUAUAGAGGCGCAUGAUUCGCACGAGGGCGCCCCAAGAAAAGUGCGCGAGUUCUACACCAGCUGUAUGGCGGAAAGCACAGUCGCGCGCGCAGAGACCCUUAGCGACUUCCGAUCUCUCUUGACCUCUGUGACCCGACCCGGCCCCACGGCGUUCGAGCUUGAGCCCAGCCUUCUUGAGAUUCACCGACUGAACACGUGGCCCCUGUUCCAGGUGCUGGUGGGGCCGGACGAAAGGAAACCUGACAGAAACAUUUUGAAGAUAGAAGCUGGCGAGACGCCAUUUCCGUUCGGAAUCUUCAAAGUAACACCGACCAAGGGCCAGGUGUUCGAGCGAAGUUCCAACAACAGCGACCCGGUCUCGAUCUCUCCGACUACUAAAACAUCCGGCGGUUUGGAAGCUAAAGUCAGCGACUUCAACGAAACCAAAAACACCACCUCCGAUCAAGAAUACCAUGUGGUCAGUGAAAGAAGUGACGUUACGUCCGCCACGAAAGCGACUAACGGGACGACGCCGGCAGCUCCAUCGACAGAGUCUACUACCAGAAAAUCCCAUAUUAAAGAUUCCCAUCCGCAUCCGGACGAAAAUCUCACUGAAUUGGUAAAGGACUACGUAACGGAAACGACCGAGCUACUCAGACUAUUGAUGAACAAGUCACGUGAUGAAGCAGACGAGAUUGCUCGAGAGCUUCUGGAGUUGGAGAAGAGAAUUUCAUUGGCCCAUGACAUUGAUCUCCACGUUCAUAACCGCACCCAGGCUUACAAUUCGAUGACGGUCAGAGACCUUCAAAGCAAGUGUAACGUGAUAAACUGGUCAGUCUACCUGAACAGUUUGCUGACGAUCGGAAGUGAGGUAGUGCGCGCGGUCACUAACGAAACGGAAGUGGUAGUGCUGCACGAGGAGUCCCUGGAACGCGUGUGUGUCAUCGUGGAGGAGUACCGCAAGAACGAAACGGCUAAGCGCACGCUACAGACAUACAUUCUGCUCGCACUAGCCAGGUCCAUGAAAGGUUACUUUGAUCUUAGUACAUUCGAACCGGAUAAAGGCCACGAUGAGGAGAUCGAGAAGGAUGGAGAGCACUGGCGACGCUGCACGUUCUACACUAACAGGGCUCUGGGACUCGCAACUGGGGCAAUCUACGUCAACGCGACGUCACUGGAGUCGACGUUCGUUCAGGCGGACGAACGAAUUCUAAAGAUAAAAGGCCUCGUGGAAUACGUCAAGCGAGCAUUCAGGGACUAUUUGUUACGUAAGAUCUGGAUGGACCCAGUUACGAAAGCAAACGCGGAAAAGAAGCUGAACGAGAUAAUAGACAAAGUAAGCUACCCGUCGUUUAUCAUGAACACCACUUUCCUCAAUGAGUUCUACAAGGAGAUGCUCGUAGAGAAAGACUGGUUUAGUAAUUUGCUGAGUUGGCGAAGGUUUACAAUCAAAAACAUGGUGAUGUCCCUAAAUAAGCCCUUCGACAGAACUAACAGCUGGAUCAACCCGCCGGUGACGGUGGAGUCGGACUACUCGCCGGUAAGGAACGACAUCAUCUUCCCCAUAGCGCUCUUUCACCUGCCCAUAUACAGCAACGAUGGGCCCAGUGCCUUAAAUUUUGGAGCAAUCGGUUCCCUGAUAGGCCACGAGAUCACGCACGCGUUUGAUGUACAAGGUCGCCAGUACGACGGCCAGGGUGAACUGCGGGACUGGUGGGACCCUAUCACGGCGGACAUGUUCAAGGAAACCACCGUCUGUAUGAAGGACCAGUACGACCACUUCAAAGUGCACAACAUGGCGGUGAACGGUGAACAGACGCUAGAAGAGAACAUCGCCGACAACGGCGGCUUGAGAGCUGCUCACGUGGCGUUCGAGCUCUGGAUGAAGGAGCAAGGGGAGGAGCUCCCCCUGGCGGGCCUGCAGCUCGACAAUAGACAGAUCUUCUACAUCAGCUUUGCUCAGUUAUAUUGCUCAAAAUGGAAGGAGUCCGGUAUAACAGAUUUCCUUGUACGUGAUCCCCACAGCCCUGGUCCGUUCAGGAUCGAAGGUGCCUUAUCAAAUAAUCUCGCAUUCCAAGACGUGUUCAAGUGCCCUUAUACGUCACGCUACAACCCCUCCCUCAAGUGUCAGGUCUGGUAGAGCGAGACUUGGGUUCAAAGGGCCAUGUAUCGUAUUCAUUCAACGUCGAAGGGGGAAUCCACUUGAAAGUAUAUGAUUUCUAGUAGAAAGCAUACGCUUUGGCAACGUUCACCUGCUGUUUAAAUUAAUUGAAAUUGUAAAUUUGAAAUUAAAAUAAAACCUGUGAGGCAAUACAUUUUUUUUGCAUUUGCUAUUAAAGCGUUGCAAUUAAAAUACUUUAAAAAUUAAUCGGCCAUAAGUUUGCACGUGUGAGUGUUUUAACACACAAAUUUCAUAUUAAAGUUGGAAUGAAACUGUCCUCAAAACUUAAUGAAGCUUCCAGUUAGGAGCAGCUGAAAGAUAGGUUCGGAUUUAAGUUAAUGUUACAUGGCCAGAUGAUCAAAACGUAUCAAAAGUUUAUUCUAAAAUGCUUGCAAGCAAGUGCGAUUUUUUUUAAAGAACUUGAAAUACUUUAUCAAGAAAACGCAUGUGUUUAUCGUUGGAAUUCCUAUCGGAUAACAUGUUCAUCUUCAUGUAAUUAUUUCAAUUGUUACUUACUGGUGGACUGUUAAUUUUGAAUGCUUUCUUCAUAAGGAUACAUUUGUUGACGGCUUCAUGAAUAUUGCACCAGAGUUUUUCUUUCUACCGAAAUGUUUAUUUAAAUAUGUAUUAUGUUUUAUUGGCAUUCGUUUGACGAAAAACGUUUUAUUGGCAAUUGUUUGACGAAAAAACGUAUCAUAGGCAGAGUUUUACAGUGAAUACAUUUAAAAACUAUUGGUACAGCAUUGAAACAAUAUGUAGAGUGUUUAUUAGUGUUAGCAA